AUGCCAUCACAAUAUACUCAAAAAAAAAAACCGCGCAAAUACGAAUUCUGUAACAAACGAAAUUUAUCAAUAUGCCAUAAAAAUGUGCCUUUUUGUCCGGUCUUGGUCAUGAAACAGUGGUUGAAACUUAAAAAUUCAACCCAUCAAAUUUUACAAAAUGUAGAAAGAAACAGUGUAAUUAAGAAGCAUGAAAUUCAUCAAUACGUUAGAAAUAUUUGUAAUGAAUGUCAACAUUUACUUCAAAAAAUUUGCUUAGUAAAAGAUGAAGACUAUUUACCAGAAGAAGAAGAAGCAUUCAAAACAGCAAUUAUAAAAGCUCAAUUAAUUAAAAGUUGA